CCAUUUUCCGAUUCUAUUCCUCACUUCGCACUUUGCACACUAAUAGAGAAGGCUUUACACACAAACACAUUAGUGGAAACUGAGAACACAAACGACGACGACAAAUACACCAACAAAGAAAUUGGAGCUACGAAGCCUCCAUCUCUAUGUCUGCAACUUAGUUUAAAUUUUCUCUCAAGAUCUCAUAAUUUUUCUUCUAGUGACCACUUCAGGCCGUGUGGGUCACAGGGAGCGCCCAAACAUUUGAAGUGAAUCUUAAAUUUUGAAGGUGAUUUUUAACCCAAUAUUCACUUGAGUUUUGUGGGUGAAAAAAGAAGUCCAAUUAUGCAGACCCCAAAAGCAAGAAUUGGCAAUUCUGAAGUGCCUCAGAAGAUCUCACCUCGAGCUGCACGCCAACUCAAGCCAACUCCUUUGGAGACUGAUUCCGCAUCCUCUUCUAGCCAAGCUACAACCAGAAUACCAAAGGAAAGAAGCCCAAAAGUAAAUGAGCGCAGGUCACCCAGAAGCCCUGUGCCUGAGAAGAAGCGUCCGAAUAGAAUAUCUGAAUUAGAAUCUCAGAUUUGUCAGCUUCAGGAGGACUUGAAGCAAGCUAGGGACCAAUUGCGAUCUUCUGAAUCAAGGAAGAAGCAGGCUCAGCUAGAUGCUGAGGAUUCCAAGAAGCAACUACUGGCCUUGUCUUCAAAGCUUGAAGAGUCUCAGCAGCAGCUCCGGGAGCUUUCUACUUCUGAGGAAGCCCGUCUUACUGAGCUCCAAAAGAUCUCGCAAGAACGGGAUCAGGCCUGGCAGUCCGAGCUUGAGGCUGUACGGAAGCAGCAUUCAGUUGACUCAACUUCCUUGGCAUCUGCCAUCAAUGAGAUUCAGUGGCUCAAGAUUCAGCUUGAGAUGAUAGCUGCAUCCGAGGCUGAACAAACGAUACAUGCGGAAUCAGCAAAUGGAGAACUUAAGAGCUUGAAAGGGAAUUUAGCAGAAACUCUCUCUCUUUUGGAGAACAUGAGGAACCAGUUAAAGGAUUGUAAACAGUCAGAAGCUCAAGCCGAAGAGCUGGUUAGUGAAACACUGCUGCAGCUGGAAACUGCAAAAAUGACUGUGGAAUCACUCAGGUUAGAUGGCCUGAAAGCCAUGGAAUCUUACAACUCCAUUACUUCGGAGUUGGAUCAGUCAAGGGCACGCAUAAACUUUCUAGAAGGACUUGUAAGCAAGCUCAACGCAAGCCAUGCUAAUGGAAGCAACAAUUCUUCUGUGAAUCCCGCUGGUGAUAAUGACCUUGUGCAGGGAUUUGGACCACAAGAGACUGGUGAAGACGGAGAGAUUAGUAACUUGAAGCCUGAGGUACAACGAUUAAGAUCUGCUCUUGAAGCUGCUGAGACCAGAUACCGUGAAGAACAAGUAAAGAGCACAGUGCAAAUGAGAAGCGCACAUGAACUGAUGGAGCAGAUAAAAUCUGAAUCAAGUCUAAAAGAGGCCAAGCUGGUGGCAGAACUGGGGAAAGCCAAAGCUGACAUUGAAGAGUUGAAGGCCAAUCUGAUGGAUAAGGAAACCGAACUGCAGGGUAUUACUGAAGAGAACGAGGGGUUGAAUUUGAAGCUCGAGAAGAACAAGUCAGGGCAGAGAGAGUAUGAACUGGAAAGGGAAUUGAAGAACUUGAAGGAACGUGUCGCCGAUUUGAAAGCGAACUUAAUGGAUAAGGAGACAGAAUUGCAGAGCAUAGCAGAAGAGAACGAAAUGCUGAAAUUGGAGAUGAACAAGAGCCAAAUGGACAGGAGUGCAGUGAGUGAUGAGGUGGUUGCAGAAGUGGAGGCAGCGAGGUCAGCGGAGAGAGAGGCGCUGGCAAAGCUUGGGGUUGCGAUGGAAGAGGCAGACAGGAGCCACAAGAGGGCAGCGAGGGUCACUGAGCAGCUGGAGGCAGCACAAGCAGCGAACGCAGAAAUGGAGGCGGAAUUGAGAAGGCUGAAGGUGCAGUCUGACCAGUGGAGAAAGGCUGCAGAGGCAGCUGCAUCCAUGCUUUCAGCAGGCAACAAUGGAAAGUUCAUGGAGAGAACUGGGUCAUUAGACAGCAAUUACAGCCCUGUAGCCGGGAAAAUUAGCUCGCUUUAUUCGGAUGAUAUGGAUGAUAUACUCAAGAAGAAAAAUGGGAACAUGCUAAAGAAGAUUGGGGUGCUUUGGAAGAAGCCACAGAAAUAAACCAGUUUGGUUGCGGACGCACAAUGUUUAUAAGAUAUAUAGAGCCAUGAUUUUGUAUGGAGUAAAAGUUGGUGCCAUCUACGGAGACUACGGUCCUUUCUUUCACCUUUUGAAUAUCUGUAACAACGAAUUUCUAUUCACUACUGAAUUUGAAGUACAGAGAUAUGUAGUAACUGAGACAACUAUAUCCACGGUAUCGACAACCUUGUUCUAAUGAUACAUGUUUUAAAAUGCAAAACUAUCCUUUUUUGGUU